AGGUUUCUCUAAUGUGUCAACUAAGCGUGUCGGCACAUAGCUUUCUGUAAAAUUAGUAACCUAACCAUGGCUUCCCACUCUCCCUGUACAUUGUGCUCGUGUACCACACCCAUCUACCUCGACCCAUUCAGAACUACUUCUUCUUCUUCUUCGUAUUCUUCGUAUUCUUCUCCAUUUAUCUACUCAAUCAACACUUCCAGCUCCAAACGUCGUCGUUUUGCGGCAUGCUCGUUGCACCACCACUCUUCUUCUUCUUCUUCGCCAAUUACAUCCAGUUCGGAUCCCAGGUCGAGCAAGCCGGUUAUACUAGACGCGAACCCGGGUUCCACCCCCACCGAUAAUGAGGAGACCCGUUUGACUCAAAACCCGACCCGUUUAAGUGAAAUCCGGACCCCAAGUUUCAAGUCUUUGUUCGGAUUCGGAGAGCGGUACCUACGGCGGAGGAUCCUGUUCAGAUCGAAGAAAGUGAGAAGCAUCAUUUUGCUCAAUGUCAUCACUUUUGUUUACGCUAGUAACAUUCCAGUUGUCAAAGAGGCUGAGGCAAUUAUGAAUCCAGCAGCUUUCACAUUUGUGCGCUUCGCUCUUUCUGCCAUUCCUUUGAUGCCAUUUGUAUUGCGAGGAUGGGGAGAUUCUUGUACAAGAAAUGCAGGCAUAGAGUUGGGUUUCUGGAUCAGUCUUGGAUACCUUUCACAGGCACUUGGACUGCAAACCUCUGAUGCUGGUCGCGCAUCAUUUUUAUCUAUGUUUACUGUAAUUGUGGUUCCGUUACUGGAUGGGAUGUUUGGGGCAGUAGUUCCAGCUAGAAUCUGGUUUGGAGCUUUUAUGUCUAUUGUAGGAGUUGGAAUGCUGGAAUGCAGCGGUUCGUCCCCAAGUGUUGGAGAUUUUUUGAACUUUUUAAGUGCAGUGUUUUUUGGCGUUCAUAUGUUAAGAACUCAACAUAUAUCGAGAAGCAUAAGUAAAGAGAAGUUUCUACCCCUCCUAGGAUAUGAGAUUUGCAUUGUUGUUUUCUUUUCUGCCAUAUGGUAUGUUGUUGGAGGUUGGAUAAAUGGUUCCCAACAUUCCUUACCGUCAUCUUGGACAUUGAAAAUGCUUAAGGACUGGAUGGUUGGUUUUCCAUGGCCACCUGCAAUUUAUACAGGGAUAUUCUCAACUGGUUUAUGCUUGUGGGGAGAGAUGGCUGCAAUGUGUGAUGUAUCGGCCACAGAAACUGCUAUAAUUUAUGGUCUGGAACCAGUCUGGGGUGCUGGUUUUGCAUGGUUUCUUCUUGGUGAAAGGUGGGGUCCCACAGGAUGGAUUGGUGCUGCGCUUGUGCUAGGGGGAAGCUUAACAGUGCAGAUAGUCGGAAGCAAAAGUAAUUCUGUGGAAGAACAAAAACGAUGAAAGAAAGGUGACAACCCAAUGGUUUCGGAGAAAGAGAAUGGUUUAUCUCCAUCCACAAUAAUCCUUAAUUCGAUGAAGGAUGCCUCUGAUUUUUUUGAGUAGGGGUAUCACUAAUAACGUUCAUGUAUGUGUUUCUUAUUGACUUGUAUAAGGUGUUCCUGUUAUUCUUUUAGUUCGAAAAUCAGCCUCUUGGGGAAGGGAGUUAGAGUCCCAGAGCCUUCCAAGGAGAGAUUUUUUUGUGCCAUGCUCCCUUCUAAAAGUAGAAAAGGAAAAAAAAUUAGGAGGGAAUUAUAAAAAAAAAAAGAGAGAUUUAAAUGGGAUUAUUUUUUUCUAUUUUGGGAAAAGGGAUCAUCAAACUUUGGUGGUCUUGAACCACUAAAAAUAUUUUCCUUGUCAAGUAUGUUUAUGCUAUGCCUGUACUCC